GCGGUGGCGGGUGCGCUGUGGGCCUCCAUUGGCUGCUGCGGUCCGGCCGGGGCUGUGCGAAGCUGCGGCGGGCCGGGCCCCAGGGGCGGCGCGUGGGUCGGGCUGCCGCUGCUCUCGCCCGGCGUGCGCCGUGUUUCGGCCCCGCGAAGCAGCGGCGGCCUUGAGGGAGGGUGCCGGCGGCCGCUGGUGCGCGGGCAGGGGGCGGUCGGGGGAGGCGAGGUGGCCGCGCGGAUGAUGACGGGGCUGGUGGGCAGCCCAGUGGGUGCCGUCAUGCAGGAGAACUUCGGGUGCUCCGUCGCCAAUCGCUUCUACCAGCUCCUGGACGACGAGUCGGACCCGUUCGACGUCCUGCGCGAGGCCGAGCGCCGCCAGCAGCAGAGGAAGAAGCGCGACGAGGCGGCGGCCGUCGCCAGGAGAGCCGUGCCCGGCGGCCGGGCGGGCGGCGGCAAGAGGGGGACCCAGAAGGAGGGCAAGCAGCUGGAGAGCUCCCCUGCGCCCUCCCCUGCGGCGCCGCGGCAGCUAGGCCCAAAGCGAGUACCCAGGCAGGGAGAACAACAAGGGUUCAGUAACAGAGGCACAGAGGGGAAACAGGACAAAACUGAAUGGAGACCAUCUUUCAGGGAAUACCGUCCCUGUGGAGCACAAAGAGAAGUGGAAUUCUCAGUGGAACGACCAGUGGAAAGAUUAGACUAUGAAAGACCAAUAAGAGGACGUGGUGGGGGAAGAGGCAGAAUGAGAGGUAGAGGAAGAGGUGGUGGAUUAAAUGGAAGUUUUGAUGGGUUUGACCAAAGAAGAAAACGUGAACCUGAAAGACAAAGUGGGAAUGAUAAAACAGGUGUGAAAGCAGAUGACAAAAAGGGUGGAGGUGGAGCUCGCAACUACAGAACAAAAGAUGAUACAAGUGGGAAGGGACACACUGCAUCUGUGGAGGAGACCGUGGACAGUCCUGAACAGCCAGGGACAUCUGAAGGAGAGCCUCUGAGCAAAGCUGCUGAAGGAGAGCCAAUGGAAGAAGUGGUUCAAGAAAUGACAUUAGAUGAGUGGAAAAAUCUUCAGCAACGGAAUCGACCAAAGCCUGAAUUCAACAUCCGGAAGCCAGAAUCCACUGUUCCUUCCAAAGCAGUGGUGAUACACAAGUCAAAAUAUAGUGAAGAUUUGCAAAAAGAAGACUUUGAAGACAAUUCUCAUGUCUCUCGAAAACCAGUAAAUGAUAUAACUUCUCAGCUGGAUAUUAAUUUUGGGAGUCUUCCUCGCCCUGGCCGUGGAUCAAGAGGAGCACGAGGUGGUCGUGGCAGAAGACCUGAAGAGACAGGACGUCGACCAGAAGUAGUGGUGCAGCUUGUUGCUCCAAAUCCUGAUGAUCCUGAGGAUUUUCCAGCGUUAGCUUGAAGACCCAUCGUGAACGGUGGUAUCUCAAAGUUGCUUUGUAACGGUGAAGAGACCAGUUCUAUGCUGGUGUGGAUUAAGGAAGCCAGUUUCCUUCUUGGAAGUUGUUUGGGUGUUUGAUGUGGAAUGAUUGCAGCUGUCUGCUAAUAGAGUUGGGUUCUGGAAAUAUGGGUGGACUGGGAUCCUGCACAGGCUCCAAUGUGUGCCUCCAUUUAUGAAAUCUAUGGGAAGGCUUACAGUACUUCCCUACUAGGCUUCAAGUGAAGUUAAAGGGAAGAGUAUUUAAAAAUGUAUAUAUAGAGAUUAUAUCAAGUUCUCUAUGACACCAUGUGAAAUGUAAACUGUACAACACAAUCCACAAUUGGGACUCAAUUUCACUGUACAUUUAAAAGUUGUUUCCUUUGGGUGAAGUGUGUAUUUCAGACAGUUGCAGUUCUUCAGAGUUUUACAAAUAAAGGA